AUGCCCUCCAACGGUGCGGCGAAUCUCGAUCCUCUAGACGCCGCCGACUACGACCCAAUCGACCACCUGAACGCCAUCUUCUCCCACCCGUCCACGCUUUCCUCCGUGUCGCAGGUGUCCCAGCGCCUCCGCGAGUACGAAGAUGAGCUCGACAACGACAUCAACGCCCUGGUAGAAGACCAGGUGACGUCCAAUGCGGAGAGCGUCGAGCGCAUCCAGGCGGCCAAGGCCGACCUCACCGAACUGUUCAAGAAGAUCGACGAAGUCCGCGACCGCGCGUCCAAGACCGAGCAGGCGAUCACGGAGAUGACGGCCGACAUCAAGCAGCUGGACAACGCCAAGACGAACCUGACACAGUCGAUGACUGCCCUCAAGCGUCUGCAGAUGCUGACGACCGCGUACGACCAGCUCCGGGCCCUCGGGCGGACCCGCCAAUACCGCGACUGUGCCCAGUUGCUGCAGGCCGUCAUCCAGCUGAUGGCCCACUUCAAGUCGUACCGCUCCAUCGACCAAAUUGCCCUACUCAGUCGGAAUGUGGCGGACAUCCAGCGCGAGCUGCUGGAGCAGGUGUGUGAGGAUUUCGAGCUCGCGUUCGCCAAGGGCGAGGUGGGCCAGAAACGGACCAUGCUUGCGGAGGGCUGCUUGGUGAUGGAUGCGCUGGGCGAACAUGCGCGGUCGCGACUCGUGACGUGGUAUUGCAAUUUCCAGCUCCGCGAGUACCGACAGGUGUUUCGGAACAACGAGGAGGCGGGGUCGCUCGAUAAUAUUUCGCGGCGGUAUUCGUGGUUCCGACGGAUCUUGAAGAUUUACGACGAGGAAUACGCGGCAGUGUUUCCGGCAUCCUGGAGGGUGAAUGAAAUCCUUGCGAAUGUCUUCUGUGAGGGGACCAGGGAGGACUACAAGGGGAUACUGUCUCGCUCCGUGCGAAACGGCCAAACGAUUGACGUCAACCUGUUACUUUCGUGUUUGCAAGAAACGCUGGACUUUGAGCAUUCCCUCGAGCGGCGGUUCGUCGCCCCCUCCCGUCCGUCGACCGAUACCUUUGCCUCGGCACUGGAAACGUCCGUCUUCAGCCAGGCCAUCUCCGAGGCUUUCGAGCCGUAUCUCAGUGUGUGGGUUGAGGCCCAGGACAAGCAGCUGGCUGCCCUGAUACCGAAAUACCGACAACAGCCUCCGCGGCCCCCUGAUGAAGAGUUCGACUCGAAUAUCGUCAUAUCAUCCUCGACCGAACUGUUUACCUUCUACAGACAUUCCUUGCAGCAAUGCGCUAAACUCUCGACGGGGAAUAGCCUUGCUGAUCUUGCUAAAGUGUUUGCGAAGUAUCUGGACCAAUACGCACAGCAGGUGCUCCUCUACUACAUCAGCGAACGGCCCAGCGGCCACACGCCGUCAAACGUGCCAUCAUUGGAAGAUCUCAUUUCUGUUCUCAACACCGCCGAUUACUGCUACACAACCUGCAACCAACUAGAGGAGAAAAUCAAGGGCCGCCUGGACAAAAACCUAAAGCAGAAUGUGGACCUGCAGAGCCAAGCGGACUCGUUCAUGGGCAUCGCGUCGGCGGCUGUCCGUGGACUCGUCCGUAAGGUCGAAGUCGACCUGGAACCCUGUUGGCGUGAAAUGCGCAAUACACCCUGGAAUCGACUGGAGGCUGUCAGCGACCAGAGUUCCUACGUCGGGGAGCUAAUGUCCAAGACGAAGACCAGGUCCUCUGAGAUCCUGCAGUUGCUGCACAAGCAACAGUACGCUCGAGCAUUCGCUGACCACGUCGUCGAGCUGGUCACGAACGCCUUCGUCUCUACAAUCUUCCAGUGCAAGCCUGUCUCGGAGACCGGCGCCGAACAAAUGCUCUUGGAUUCCUACACCCUCAAAACCGGCCUGUCCUCGCUCCUCCCCGCCCCAGCCCCAGCCGGCUUCGUCAAACGCGUCAACGCCAGCUUCACCAAGAUCGAGACCCUCCUCAAAACCCUGCAGGUGCAACCUUCCCCGCCCGAAGCCCUGGUGCAGGCAUACCUGCUCCACAUCGCAGACCGUAGCAACGCCAACUUCCGCAAAAUCCUCGAUCUCAAGGGCAUCCGCAGCCGCCAGGAACAGAACCAUCUCGUCGAGCUGUUCCAAGUGCACCGCGCCUCCGACCGUCACGCGCCCAACCUCCAGCAAAGCAACCCCUUCCUGACGGCCCUGCAGACCACGCCCGCCGCGUCCUCCACCUCCGUCUCACAGGGUCUCCUCGGCUCGUCCGCCACGGCCAAUCUCCCCACGCGCUUCGAUCCGUCCAUGCUGGGGUCCGCGCUCAUCUCCGCCGCUAAAGACGGCGUCGACCGCUUCGGCACUCCCGCCAGCACCUCUAGUGGUGGCGUCGGGUCUGCAUCUGCGACGCCCGUGUCCUCUGCGCCGGGGCCGCUGGGCCAAACGCAGGGCGUUAGUGCGGAGGUCGGCUCAAACUUGAACGAGAACCUGAAGAAUAUCGGGAAGUUCUUCCGGCGGGACCUGGGUGGGUUCGGAGGUCGGUUUGGGCGGAGUGAUCAUGAUGGUAGUUAG